AGUCUACAGGAUGUGACGUAUUACAACUACUUCCGGGAAGCCUCGACAUGAAGCGUGAAGACGGAAUCACACCGACCCGCGAAAACUGCGUUUACAGCAGCUGUUACUGUGAAGAAAAUGUUUGGAAACUUUGCGAGUUUGUCAAGAAGGAGAGAACCGCACCACUGGAACAUCUGUCUGUGGUUUUCAUCUCAAAUGAGAACCGAAUGGUUCCUCUGUGGAAACAGAAGUCUGGACGUGGAGACCAGCCGGUGAUCUGGGACUAUCAUGUGAUCUUGAUGGUCAGAGGUCUUCAGUCGGAUGCUCUAGUUUAUGAUUUGGACUCUGAGCUGUCGUUUCCCUGCAGCCUCAAACUGUACGGCGCCAAGGCCCUCCGCUCCGAUCGCAACAUCAGACCCGACUACCACAGGAAGUUGCGUGUCGUACCUGCUGACAGCUUCCUGUUAAAGUUUGCGUCUGAUCGAUCUCACAUGAAAGCGUCCGACGGGUCCUGGAAGAUGCCGCCCCCACCAUACCCCCCCAUUCACACAGCAGAGAGUCACAUGAACCUGGAUGACUUCAUCAGUAUGGACCCUGCUGUCGGCUGGGGGACGGUCCUCAGUCUGGAUCACUUCCUGCGGAGCUACGCAGAAAACUCUUCAUCAGCGUCAUCAUCAUCGUAGCUGUCGCUGCAGACAUUCAUGUUUUUUGAUUUGUAAGAGUCUGACACAUGUGGACAUAAAAACUUUUAGCUACAACUCCCAUGGUGCAUUUCUGCUAAGCAUAAUCAAGAGCUUCAGCAGCAACAGCAGUGGAUGCUCAUGGGUCAGAAACAUUAAAAAUAAUUCAAACUGGAGGUCAGAAUAUGAACCAGUCUGAUGGUUCUGUUCCCAGGAGAGUUCGGCUGUUCCGAACGUUCAGACGUUAAAGGAACAGACACAGCGACUCACCUGUCUGUACCUGCACACACCUGGUUUCUGGAUCAGGUUUUUUCCAACCUGGUUUAUCAUUUCCUGGUUUGAACCAUAGACCAAUAAAGAUUGAUGGCAUGAGGUCAAAUCAUAUCAAUCGCCCCCUGGCUGCUGAAUAGUAUUGGUCACAAACCCCCCCUCCUCCAUGUUAACAGAUGGGACAUGGACUGAACUAAACAUCUGAAAAAGUGGACAUUAAAUAAAUGUUUGUUAAAAAUGG